UCUCUCUCUCUCUCUCACUAUCCACUCUGCUUGUCAAAAAAAAAAAGAACCAUGGCUCUUCUGGCUGUUGAGCUAUGGGUGAGCUGGGACAGGAUCGUAGGAGGGCAGCCCAGCAGGAGGAGCUUGGCCCUGAUGGGACCUGUGGAGUGGAGGUGGAGGGUUGGAAACAAUGAAAGAUGGGAGGUUGGGAGGUUGGCACACGUCUAGGAGGUCAAGGUAAAGAUUUGAUUCUGGGGGAGGACUUGCGAAGGGAUCUUGAGUUCAGGCCAUGGUUUGAAUACACAUACGCAAACUCAAGGGUUUGGUCUCUGAAGUCUUUUUUAAGUUUUUAUUUAUUUAUUCGAGAGGUAGAAUUAUGGGCAGAGAGAGGCAGGGGCAGAAAUAGAGAUCUUCCAUCUGCUGUUUCACACUCCAGAUGGACGCAAUGGCCAGAUCUGAGUUGAUCCAAAGCCAGGAGCCAGGAGCUUCUUCCUGGCCUCCCAUGUGAGUGCAGGGGCCCAAGGUCUUGGGCUGUCUUCUGCUGUCCCAGGUGCAUCAGCAAGGAGCUGGAUUGGAAGAGGAGCACCCAGGAUAUGAACCAGUGCCCAUAUGGGAUGCUGGCACUGCAGGUGGAGGCUUAGCUUAGUGCUGACACCCUGCCUAAAGUCAGCGUUAAUGGAAGUAAGGGUGGAAAUCUAAUCCAGUUAUGCUGUUCUUUGGGGGAGGGGGUGAUAGGAUUGGGUUUCAGGGUGGAGCCCCCCUCAUUAAAUCCUGGUAGCUUUGUAGGAGACCACAUAGACAGGCACAGACACACAUGCUCCUUGUCUCCUGCCACGUGAUGUUCUCUGCUUGCUACCUUGCGACUCUGCUAGCAAGAACAAAAUCCCCAGAAGCCCCACUGCUGGGACCCACCUGAUCUUGGACUGUGAACCUCCAGAACUGUAGCCUGUGGCACUUAUUUCACUGUAGCAACAAAAAGAUGAUUGGUGCAGUCUGGAAGCUUUGUGGGGAGAGAAGCACUCACAUCUAAGGCAGCCUGGGCUGCCUGACAUGGUGGACGUGGAAGAGAGGCCGGUUUGGGAAGAUGGUGAUUGGAACAGUUGAGGCCUGAUGGGCCUAUUGGCAGUAGGGAUGCAGAGAGAGGCAAGUGUUCUAGAAAGUCUCAGCCAUCAUCUGAUGGCUUCAUACCAGCCGGCACAAUGGAAAAUUCAGGGUGCCGGGGCCUUAUUUCAGUGUGGUAGUUCUGUGUUUCCUUUCGGUGACCAGACCUUCUGGCAUGGGUGGGGUCUGCAUCCCAGGCCACUCCACAGAGAUGACUUGGAAUCGUGAGAAGGAGGAGGGUGCUGAAGUCCCCUCCUGACCGCUGCAUUCUGGAGUUCUCUUGAGCUGUGGUAGCCAUGGCAUGAAUUGGCUUCUUAGUAAUUAGGAGCUGGACGUUCUUUUUAUUGCCUGUCUUUAACCUCAUUGUGCCCCAAAUAAACAUCCACGUGAAGUGAUGCGGUGAAAGCCCUUGGGUGGUACACCAGUGCCCACUUCCUUGCUUUUAGGCGUGUCUCUCAAGGGAUUGAUUCCAAGUGCAUCAUGUUUGCUGAGCUCUGCACACGUUGGUGUUUUAGUUACUGGUUCCUUAUUGAUUUCCAAGACUCUUUUGCAAGUGGAGCAAAAGUCAGAUGUCCCUGACCAUGGCCUGCGUGCCUGUGUCAGGUGCCCCCAACAUGACUCAGCUCUCCUCUGCUGCCCCUUGUCCCCCUUCUUUGUGGGGCUUAAGUGUCCUGGCCAGAUUCCUUUCCUAUGUGCUGUUUCCUCCACCUGUGGUCUGUUCUGCAGACAUUCAUGAGGUCUCGGCUCACGUGCGACAUCUGAAGGGCCUUCCCUGACCACCCUCACUGCCUGUUCCCUGCAUCCCCCACUCCCUUUCUCUUCUGCUGAAUUGUAUGGCACACGUAUAGUUCCAUGACAUUUUUAUUUGAUGCAUGGACUUCCUUUGUCUGUUUCCUCCCCCCCACACCUGUAAACUCCACGAGGGUAAAACUUGGCUGUACGUAUCUCUGUUUCCACAGUACCUGGGCUCAAUAAAUAUUUAUUGAGUGAAUGAAUGGAAUAAGAAUUUUAAAUGAAUGAAUUUAAAAAUAGCCUGUGCCUGUAGACACAUCCUCCUGCAGAGAUAUGUGAAUACUAUUAGCAGGGCAGGAGCAAGAUGCUUUUACCAUCUGCCUUUUUACAGUGUAGGGAGAUUCAGUGUUACAGCUACCCGUUUUAUUUCACCAGUACGAAACCAAAAGAGUGUUAACUUCGCGUAGUCAAAUGGAGCCAGCAGACUGUCGUCCAUGAGCUGUUACAGGGCCUCGCCUCGCUUUGUGUCUCCGAGGGUGUAGACAGAGACACAGAAUCAAAAACAUGGAGCUCAUUGUCUUCCACUGACUUCAGCCUGGGACCUUCUGUGCUGCAGUCGCAUCUCAGAAACAACCAAACACGUACACCACCUCGUAUGUGUUCUCUAGUCAGCUGCUGGCCUCUGUCUAAGGAACUGUUUUUCCCUUUAGGGUGUCUUAUCGUGAAACAUGUCCAUUUCAAGUUUGGAAUGAGCUGUACUGUAAACACGAGGCGGUGUGGUCAUCCGUUUGUGCAAACAUUAGCAACCAGACACAUUUUCUUCACCCUUUGGUUAGCGUCGUUUGCCACAAUAUAUCAGCGCAGUGAGAUGGUGACACCUACGCAGUUUCUCAGGCUGUGCUUUCUACUAAUUGUUUGUUUAAUUAGAAAAUGAGUAAGUAUUUUUAGAGAAAAUAGGAUCCCGAACUGUGGGGUUGGAAGCGUCUCUUAAUUGCACGCCGUUAUCACGAUCUAAGGACUGCACUCGUGGUGUGUAGGUGGUGGGGGCUUAUUCUGCUGCUGGCUGGUGCUUAUUGGGAGGGUUCUUUUUCGCUCUGCGAUUCAAGUAGGGCAAAAGGGAACCUACUUCGUCCCUGGGAUUUCAAAGCCAGAUGUAGUCAGAAUGUCUGAAUACAUGGUUUGUGUUCAUUCAAAGGCGCUGAUUGGUGGCCUGAGGCACGUGAGAUGUCACGGAAGGUGCAAAGGUGGAACCAGGGAGAUCGGGUCUGCGCUCACCAGGAUGUGCAUGAGGCACAGGAGCAUAGAAGCCAAGCUGAGGCAGUUUUCCAGUGCUUUAAUUGAUUGUCUGAUAAACCCACUUCAAGAACAGAUGGAAGAAUGGAAGAAAGUGGCCAACCAGCUGGAUAAAGACCAUGCAAAAGAAUAUAAGAAAGCUCGCCAAGAGAUAAAAAAGAAGUCCUCAGAUACGCUGAAACUGCAGAAGAAAGCGAAAAAAGUGGAUGCUCUCGGGAGGGGUGAUAUCCAGCCCCAGCUGGACAGCGCGCUCCAGGACGUCAACGACAAGUACCUCUUGUUGGAAGAAACGGAGAAGCAGGCGGUGCGAAAAGCUUUGAUCGAGGAGCGCGGCCGCUUCUGCACCUUCAUCUCCAUGCUGCGGCCCGUGAUCGAAGAAGAAAUCUCAAUGCUAGGGGAAAUCACCCACCUUCAGACUAUUUCGGAAGACCUCAAGAGCCUGACCAUGGACCCCCACAAACUGCCGUCCUCCAGCGAACAGGUGAUUUUGGACUUGAAGGGUUCCGAUUACAGCUGGUCGUAUCAGACGCCGCCCUCUUCGCCCAGCACCACCAUGUCCAGGAAGUCCAGCGUGUGCAGCAGCCUCAACAGUGUCAACAGUAGCGACAGCCGGUCCAGCGGCUCCCACUCGCACUCGCCCAGCUCGCAUUACCGCUACCGCAGCUCCAACCUGGCGCAGCAGGCCCCCGUGAGGCUGUCCAGCGUGUCCUCCCAUGACUCAGGGUUCAUAUCCCAGGACGCCUUCCAGUCCAAGUCGCCAUCCCCCAUGCCGCCGGAGGCCCCCAACCAGAACUCGUCCAGCUCGGCCUCCUCAGAAGCCUCGGAAACCUGCCAGUCAGUGAGCGAGUGCAGCUCCCCGACCUCGGUCAGCUCGGGCUCCACCAUGGGGGCCUGGGCGUCCACCGAGAAGUUGUCUAACGGGUUUUCUCACUGUAGUUUGUCCAGUGAGUCCCAUGUGGGGCCCGUGGGCGCAGGCCUUUUCCCUCCCUGCCUGCCCGCCUCCCGGCUGCUGCCCCGGGUCACCUCUGUCCACCUUCCAGACUACGCUCAUUAUCACACCAUUGGGCCCGGCAUGUUCCCGUCAUCUCAGAUCCCUAGCUGGAAGGACUGGGCCAAGCCAGGCCCCUACGACCAGCCCCUGGUGAACACGCUGCAGCGCCGCAAGGAGAAGCGUGAGCCAGACUCCAAUGGAGGAGGGCCCGCCGGUGCGGGCGGCCCGCCGGCGGCUGCGGACGAGGCCCAGAGACCGCGCCGCAUGACCGUGUCGGCUGCCAGCAGGCCUGGUGAGGAGAUGGAAGCUUGCGAGGAGCUGGCCCUCGCCCUGUCGCGCGGCCUCCAGCUGGACACCCAGAGGAGCAGCCGGGACUCCCUGCAGUGCUCCAGCGGCUACAGCACCCAGACGACCACGCCGUGCUGCUCCGAGGACACCAUCCCCUCCCAAGUUUCAGAUUACGAUUAUUUCUCCGGAAGUGGCGACCAGGAGGCUGAGCAGCAGGAGUUCGACAAAUCCUCCACGAUUCCGAGAAACAGUGACAUCAGCCAGUCCUACCGACGCAUGUUCCAAGCCAAGCGCCCCGCCUCCACUGCCGGCCUCCCUACCACUCUCGGACCUGCCAUGGUCACCCCAGGGGUAGCCACCAUCCGACGGACGCCUUCCACCAAGCCUUCUGUCCGCCGGGGCACCAUUGGAGCUGGGCCCAUCCCCAUCAAGACACCAGUGAUUCCUGUCAAAACCCCCACUGUCCCAGACCUGCCGGGGGUGCUGCCAGCACCCCCAGAUGGGCUGGAGGAGCGCGGGGAGCACAGCCCCGAGUCACCAUCCGCGGGCGAGGGCCCCCAGGGUGGCCCCAAUGCGCCCACCUCCAUGUGGAGCGGCCAGGCCUCGGUCAACCCUCCACUUCCAGGCCCAAAGCCCAGUAUCCCCGAGGAGCACAGACCGGCGAUUCCGGAAAGCGAGGCCGAAGACCAGGAGAGGGAUCCCCCAAGUGCCACGGUCUCCCCAGGCCAGGGCGCAGAGAGUGACCCUGCAGAGCUGAGCCCGAGAGAGACUCCGCAAGGAGAAGAUAUGCUGAACGCCAUCCGCAGGGGCGUGAAGCUGAAGAAGACGACGACGAACGAUCGCUCGGCCCCCCGCUUCUCGUAGGCGCUCUUAGGCUCGCAGGGAGGGGUGAACUCUUUCAUGAAUACAAGCCUAAUUUGUCUUGAUCCAUUCCAAUCUAUAAUCAAACAAGAUAUUUUGUAGGCAACUCAGAAUACAGCUCUUUUGAAAGUACCCGACAUCUUUAGAUAAGAAUUAAAAGCAACAUAUGUAACUGACAUAAUCUUGAUCUUUUAAUUUGUAAAUAUUGACAGUUUUCUUUCUGCACAUUUUAAUCUUAGUUUCCCUUUUGAUUUUUCUGAAGGUGCCAAAUUCCAUUUAACUUUUUUACAAGUCUUUGUAAAAUUUUAAAUGCAUACGGGGGAGGGGUGGUUGGGGCAGGGGAACCAAUAAGUAGUUAAUUUCAGAAAAGGAUUAAUAUACUCGGCUCUUUCUUCUUUUUCUUUUCCCUGUAAGCUUUUGUAGAUGCAUUGUAAUAGUCUAGCUUAGAAGCAAACUCGAGUUAUUUUAAUGUACAAACAAAAUGGCUAAGGGGACGCGUCCCCACCUACCAUGCGCCGUUCUGGAUGGCAAGAGCAGGAGGAGCGAUGACGAGCAGCACAGACAGGAGCAAAUCUGGAAAAGGUAGCCUGUUGGGAUUGGGGGGAGGGCCGUGGGAGGGGCACACUGUCAACAUAGCCGAUCCCGUUCCAUUUAAACCGUAGCCUCGUAGCUUGACUUUCUAGUAGCUUUCAUGGUAAAUGCAUCCAAAUAAGCCAUACUGGAUUGCCGUGUUUGUUUCUGUAGGGUGUUUAAGGACUCUGUUCCGCCACGCUUCCUCCCACCCCGCACACAGCACCCACCUCGUCCCCAGCAUGCCGCGCCGCCGGGUACACGUAGUCCCCCGCCCCCCACUUCAGUUCCUCCUCUGCUGUACUCACUUUCACGGAAUCACACAUCCAAAAGGGUAAGGCAGUUUAAAACCACGAAGACACUUACACAAACGAGAGCAGGGAAUUCUUAGAUAGAGUAAAUGCCUUUACUUAGCUGUGCCCAGCAGGCUGGGUGCAUUGAAAAGCCCAAAUAUUAAAAAAAAAAAAAAAAAAAGAAAAGAAAAAAAAAGAACAAAGAACUCAAGCGGAUUUAACAAGGGUAGCCAGCGUGGAGUCCGGCCACUGGCCAGUGUGCUUACGAACCUGGGGGCUUGUUUUUCGUACCUUCCUCUGAAGGGAUGGCAGUUAGUUGGCUUCAUACUACACACUGAAGACAGGAUUGAUUUAUCAUCACUGGGAAUCCACCCAUGAUCCCGUCUGGGUUGUUUUGGUUGUUGUUGCUGUACUCUAGGUAAUUUUUUUUUUUUUUUUGGAAUGGAGUUGUCUUUUCUUCUUUAAGUGGAAAUCUGUUAUAAUGCCCAUCCCCAAGUCAACAGAGAUCUGUAGGUUUAAAGGGGCCCUGCGUGGAGCAGCUGAGAGUUUGGAAAGCGAGCAUGCCCCCUGCCGGUUUCUGUUGGCUCUGAUUGUCACUGACAUCAUCUUGUGCUUUCCACAUCACUCACUGGACGCGAGAGGCACGCACCUGUACAGCCGUCGUUCUGUAUAGUAACGCUUAACCUGCUGUGAUUGCUCAAGGGCAUUUUCUGUUCCGGCUUUAAAGCAAAGGCAUGAUUAUUAGGAACUAUUUAAGCGUUUUUUUCUUUGAAAAACAAGCUCCUUUACAGACUAUAAGCAACAGUAGUGCCUGUGGUGUAGCCCGCCAAUCUUGAUGACUGAAAGUAGCUGAUGCAUUGUGCAUAUGAUGCUGGAGGUGGUUUCUGCAGAAGCAGAAAUCGCCGCAAGGUAAUUACAAUCGGUAAAAGUGGUAUUUUAAACCUUUGGAAUAAAUGGAUGUAACUGUACCUUGGUACAGCUUCUCACUUGUUUAGUUUUUAAACGUUAGUAUAAUCUGAAUAAAUUUAAUAUAAAAUGUUGCCAAAUUCAAUGUAGAAAGAAUGUGACGAAACACCUUGGGUAGUUCUGUUUGUGUUUUUGCAUAUUGUAAAAGCAGUGUCACAGCUGAAAAUAAAGAGAUCCUUUCUAAAGGUAAAUUAUUGUGGUUUAGUUGCUAGUUUGUACUGAGAGUUGACCUCUCCCUGUGCAGUUUUUUGUUCUGAACUUGUAUAAAUAACGAUUGUGUACUGUGUCUCCCUUCUACAUUGUAACAAUUGCUUCAGCCUACAUAAAUAAAGAACCACUAGAAAAAGAAA